AUGAAGGAAGAAGAAAUAGUGAAGCAAUACUCAGACAGAAUCAUGGCUGUAGUAAACAGCAUAAGGCUACUUGGAGAACAAUUUAGUGAAGCAAAAAUUGUGGAGAAGAGCAAAGGAGAGCCAAUAGACUGGAGGAGCAUCAAGAAGGUGCCUUCCAAACCAAAAGAAGACCAGCCACAAAAUCCUCUUCCUACAAGGGGAAGAAAACCUGGAAAGACAAGCCUAGAACAAAUGGUGAAAAAAGAUAUCCACCCUGCCCACACUGCAAAAGGGAUGGGCCAUGCUGAAAAAUUCUACAGAAACAAAGGCAAACAAAGGCCAAAUCAAACUCAACAGCCAAGAGCUAAAGCUCAAGUGGCAAAAGAAGAAAGUGAUCAAGAAGAACGAGUCUUUGCUGUCUCUUGCUCAUCUACCAAAAGAAAAGCCACAAAAGGAUGGUUAAUUGACAUUGGUUUCACAAACCACAUGACCCCUAAUGCUGCUAUUUUCAAGUCAAUUGACAGAAGCUUCAAAACAAGGGUGAAGGUUGGAAAUGGACACGUCAUCAAAGCUGAAGGCAAAGGAGAUGUGCUGAUAGACACUCCUACAGGUACCAAACUUGUUACAAAUGUCUUGUUUGUGCCUGAUAUUGAUAGAAACCUACUUAGCAUUGCUCAGCUGCUUGAAAAAGGAUAUUCAGUAGUAUUCAAAGGCAAAUAA